GCAAACUAUAAUCGGGCGCAUAUUAUUAUGUGCGCGGCCACAUCGAUCAUGUGAUGAUGGCUCCAUCACAUGCGGACAUACAUGUAUAGCAUGCAUUGUACAUUGCAAUGUAUGAACGGCUAUAACGUGUGUACAUACAUCAGGAUAGAAGUGGUUAGCAGUCGCCGAACUUGGUGAACAAGAGUCUUCUGAAAAAUGGAAAACCACACGAAAUUUAGACUUUCUCAGUUUGUAAGAAUAGGUGUUCUCUUCCUGCUCUUUCCACUUUUCCAUCUGGUGCGGUGUGAUGGACUGGGUGCAGUUUGUACGAAAGUGAACAGUUGUGAGUGCGAAUUCACUGACGGUUCUGGCGUUAUUUCCUUAAAAACCAUUGCUUCAACUAACGGCCCAAGGUUUCCGUACACCAAAUCAAGUACUCCAACGGACCACUACUUCUACGCUUAUAACCCGUGUAACAGCUUUUCUGAUACUUACUGUCAAGAUGUUGCGGCAUGUCAGAGGAGUGAAGAUGGGAAAGAGUUUUUUGAUGUUGGAGAUCAAGAAAGUGCUACUUUUGAUGAUCUAGGGACAACGCUAACAUAUGCUAGCGGGGGAGAGACACCCAGAUCAACCAUUGUGAGUUUAAUUUGUGAAAUAUCAGCUACUACGCCUGUCUUGGAAGUUAUAGGAGAAGAGAGUCAAGGUUCGGGAAAAUAUAAAUUCAAUCUACGUUCAAACUGUGCUUGUAAAAACGGUUGCCUUGGAGGUGGCAUCAGUGCUGGGUCCGUCCUCUGCAUUCUAUUCAGCGUUGGCGUCAUACUGUAUCUUGUUAUUGGAAUUCUUUUCCUGAAGUUUGUGAGAGGAUCGGAGGGGAAAGAAGUUAUACCAAACUUUGAAUUCUGGAAAGAUUUUCCACUUCUUGUUAAGGAUGGAGUUUUGUUCUUGGCUAGUGGUUGUAAGAGUGAUUCCAACAACUACGAGCAAAUAUGAAAGGUUUUAAACAUUUUUUUCCCCCGAAAAAAUGAAACAACUGUCCAUUUUUAUUUUUAGGUUCACCAUUUCCUUGAAGUCUCCUGUGUUUUUUAAUUUUUUUCUCAGGCUGAGAGCAAAUGAAUUUGUUUACAUGAUAAACGAACCACAAUGUUUUGUAUAUUGGAUUUGGCCCGGUUCGCCUGGUGCCCUUCUGAGAUUUAUUCCUCUUUGUUUUCUUCUAACUGUUUAAAACAAGAUAAAUUUUAUUAUACCGAAAAGUAAUUAACGUAAAUUUGUACGUGUAAAUAAACUUUGGUGACAUGGUGUAAGCUUUCAGUAAUUUACAUGUGUGGUUAAAAUUCUGUUUUGUAAAGAAAAAGUAAUAACCAAAAAAAUUAAUAGUUUGUGUACAAAACAAUUUCAAGCGGAUUCAGGUACUCAAGUUGGCCUUGAAAAAAAAUAGUUUAAAUAUUUUAUAAUAUUUAUAACAGAGGACCUUGUUCAAAUUAGCGACUGUGGCUUGAUCUCUACUUCUCUACAUUUGAAGCAAAGGCUGUCCAUAGCAACACCCUUAGCAACAGCCAGAGCCAUAGCCGCUAAUUUGAAAGUUUCCUUUUUAUGUUCCAAGAUAAUUUUGUUUAACCGCGGAGCAAGAUCAUGCGGUUUACAAGCCACAAACAAUAUGCACUCCUACUGUUUUUGCUGGUGACCUAGCAAAGUGUUUUCGUACAGGGUUUAUCAGUAUGCGUAGCAUGCAGUUCCAUGAAAUUUUGCGAGGAUAUUAGCUAGGCACAACCAUUGUAACCAAUGGCAGGUGUUUUCUCCAGGGUCAUGUACUGGCUAAACAGCAAACUUUUUUUCGAAAAAACUCCUGAAAAAUCUACUCCGGAGUAGUAGAAUAUAGGGCAAGACAGUUCUCAACUCUAUCUGGCAAGUAGAUAUACACAUGGUGACCGCAAACCAAAUAAAAAUGUAUGAAGCAAACUAUUUAUUAAAAACAAAAUUACAGUGCAUGUGAUAGUUUCAGGCCAGACACCUUUUUGCUUAGCAAGAACAGGUUACCAGCCAAAACAUGCAGUCAUGUUCCACUGUUUCUAUGACUGGUUCAUGUCAAAUUUUGCUUAGCAAAUAACCUUUUAGCAAAGUGACUUUUUGGCAAGGCUUAUUGAUAAAAUGGUGUUUGUAGAUUUCUUAACAACUUUUUCGGAAUUUGUUUUCACAGAGGUUCCAUUGCUUUAAAAAAAAGCUAUACAUUUUGUUGGGUUUCGUCCUCCAAAUUUCUAUUUAAAUAUUUCUUUGUAAAGUGCGGCUACACAGUAACUCUUCAAUGGUAUAAAAGCUUUUUCAUAAAAAUUUCAUUACUUUUUCUCUAAGAUCUAUUUCAAUCAAUUUCCUUUGAGGUGUCCAACAGUUAUUGCAAUUUAUUGUUCAGAGAACAUAACAAUUUUCAAACUGGUUUUUAUUUUGCUGUCCUCCCUGUGGUGCUUACUAUUUAUUAUAGAAAAUGCCUCUUGUCAACUUUCAAAAAGUGUAUUUUUUAUUCACAUUCUUUAUUUUUCCUUGCAAGUGGCGUAGCCAGAAACGUUUUCACUGAGAGGUGCAAGUGGGGACAAAGACAAAUAUAAGGGGGGCUAUUUAAUGUAUCAAACCCUUAUGGCUAACUUGUGCAUUUUUUCGUUCAAGUUUGGGAGGGGGGAUUCUGUUCUGUUGGGGGUGGGGCUUUAGCUGGGCCUCAUUUGCCCCUGGUUACGUCACUCUUUCUUGCCUUUCUUGUAUUUUUGACCAGGGUAGUCUUCUGGGUAUUAUUUUUUGUGUUAAACACUUUUCCACUUACGGAUGUUUUUGUAGUUCAUUUUUUCAAAUAGAAAUAUUUCUGACUAUUUUCUCUUUAAAACGUUUUCUCAUUAACCUUUUGCAAAAUUAAAUCUGGCAAUGCAUGUUUAAUUUUUCAAAUCUAAUAUAGAUAUUUGUAAAAUUAAUUAAUGUUAAAGGAAGUUAACAUUUUCUUAUUUUGGAUAAUGAUAAUAAUAUUUGUAUAGCAUUUAUAAGGGGUGUAUAUAAAGCACUGUAUGAAACAACUGACUCUAAAGGCAAGGUAUACCUUUGAGUUUUGUACUAUAAAACUAACAUCUAAACAAUUUUUGUUUUUAGAUUUUCCCAAAAAUCUGGAGCGCAUAUGUCCCUAUAUGGGAAUACAUGUACUCAGUCUGAAAAACGUUAAUGCAGUAACGGUUCUCAGAUUCAAAUUUUUGGACAUACAAACUGAUAUCCUUUUUAUAUACAACAUUAUUUCGAAGUGAAAUGUUUCUCAAAAUGCUUUAUACAAGAUAAAGCUGCUGUAGGCUUCUUACCAAAGUGUUUUAAUUGCCAUUAAUUUUUAGAGCGAUUACAAAAGGUAUACCUUUCUUUGUUGUAUGAAAUCUACCUGUUGCAAGGGUGAAAAUGUUCGCAGUUCCGCUAUAAGAAAACAAUUUUUUUGUUAACAGCGUGGUACUUGUCUAGAUCUGGCAAUUUAAACAGCUCCUUAUACUGGAAUUCCUGAAAAACUAUUACCACCUUUUUCCGGGAUUGUUCAUUGCAAUGCAAUCUUGCACCCUAGUGGACUGCCACACUCACAGACAGUAGGAGGGUUGACUGUGUACAGUGUUGAUGAAUCCACAACAUUCAUAGAGCAUAUUACAGUAUGUCAUAAUUUAUCUAUCAUGCAAAACCACAGUGGAUGUUAUUGAAGGGUUACACAGUAGGAGGGUUGACUGUGUACUGCAUAGGUGAAUUCACCA